CUGAAGACGGUAUAGAGAAGGUUUUCCCCUCAAUUCCUCUCUGUCAUUCUCACUCGCUCGCUCUCUGCAGAAGCACAUGGACUACAUUUUCUCCAGAACACAACAAAAAUACAGUUUGUUCUUCCUGCCUCCUGGUGAAAAUAUUGUAAUUCUUCAGUUGUUGGACAAACUCGGACCGGCUUUCAAACCAGAGAGGCAUUGCAUAGCUUAUUUAUAUUUUUUGGAAAUUCCUUUUUGUUCCUUUGAUAUUUGACUGAUCUAAUACCAUCCUAAUUUCUCCGGGAGACAUGCGUGGCUAAAGGAGGAGAGGACCCAGAGACCCACCUGAAAUUAACACCUCACUGACACCCACUCACAUCACAUUCCUCCAUCUUCCAUUCAACGCUUGAAGGAGAGAAAAGCAAGUUGCUAGCGGCUGAGCCUGGAGCCUGGGAGUCUGAUAACCAUGCUGUUGGCUCCUGUUUAUGUGCUGCUGCUGCUGGUGGGCCGCGUCCUUGGAGGAGGUUACCCCCCCAUGCCCCAGAUGAAGUACAUGCAGCCCAUGAUGAAGGGCCCUGUGGGACCUCCCUUCCGAGAGGGCAAGGGACAUUACCUCGACAUGCCACCCAUGAUGGACGUAAAGGGUGUGCCAGGGCUCCAAGGAAAACCUGGACCCAGAGGCCCAACUGGGCCAUCAGGACUUCCGGGAAAACCAGGACUGGGAAAACCAGGUCUCAAUGGCCUGCCUGGGCCUCAGGGGCCUCCAGGCUUUCCGGGCAUUGGGAAGCCCGGACUUCCGGGUCUCCCAGGAAAGGAGGGAAUGAAGGGGAUGCCUGGGAAUAAUGGCGAGGUUGGACUCCGGGGUGAACCAGGUCCCAGAGGACUUCCAGGUCAACCAGGUCUCCCUGGGCCAGCUGGCCUGUCUCUUAAUGGCAAACCUGGCCUUCCCGGCGGGAGGGGCCAACCUGGAUCUCGUGGAGAACCAGGAGAGAAAGGUGGGCCUGGAAAUCCUGGGGAGCGUGGACUCAAGGGAGAGAAUGGCAAUGGGAAGCCUGGGUUGCCAGGAACCAGGGGCCCCAACGGACUCAUGGGCCUCCCAGGGCCAGCUGGUAACCAGGGUGUGGGAAAACCAGGACUUAACGGGCUUCCUGGUCCGUCUGGGCCUAAAGGAGACCAGGGGCUCCCAGGAGGAAUAGGAGAGCCAGGGGAGGCUGGCAGUCCAGGGCCGCAAGGCCAGCCAGGGCCCGUCGGAUUGGGCAAGCCUGGUAAAGAUGGAUUGCCUGGAGGACCAGGUCAACUUGGGCCUAAAGGUGAGGCAGGGCAGAGGGGUUCUUCAGGGUUUCCUGGAACUCCUGGCUACGGCAAACCUGGUCUACCAGGGACAAAGGGAGACAAGGGCCUUUUCGGGGGACCAGGCGUCCCUGGAGAUAAAGGGGAGCCUGGGAUGAAGGGGCAGCCAGGAGACAUGGGCCCAGAUGGACAGCCAGGACCACCAGGAAUACAGGGCCCCAUGGGGCUUUCAGGAAAACACGGCAUGCCUGGCCUGAAGGGAGAGUUGGGUCCGCAGGGGCAUCCAGGUCUGCCAGGGAUCAGAGGGGACCAGGGUCCCAGUGGUCUGUCUGGAAAACCCGGCAUUCCUGGAGACAAAGGCCUCCCGGGCCCUAACGGGUCUAUCGGAAAACCUGGGCCCAAAGGCGAGGCGGGGCACAUAGGCCUGCCAGGAAACCCAGGUCUUUUAGGCAAUCCUGGACCAAAAGGGGAGUCUGGGUUCGUUGGGUCUCCAGGACCAAGAGGCCAGUCUGGUAUCCCUGGUCUACAGGGGCCUUCAGGGCCAAUGGGGCCACAGGGUAUCCCAGGUCUGAAGGGCGAACCUGGGCUGCCGGGUCUUCCAGGGCUGGGCAAGCUCGGAGAAAAGGGAGUUCCAGGUCCCCAAGGUCCCCCAGGAAAGCCAGGCAACUCUGGACUCAAUGGCAACCCCGGCCCCCCUGGGCCACCUGGGCCCCCUGGCCCUGCAGGAAAUGGACAAACCGUGGUGGCUGGGCUAACGGAUUCAGGGCUGGGCGGGGACGAGGUACCAGACGGGAGGUACGGAAAACCACAGUUUGGCAGUGCAGAUCUCUCCACCACCGUGGCACCCGCGUUUACCGCCAUCCUCACUACGGCCUUCCCUCCCUCUGGGAUGCCCAUCAAGUUUGACAGGACCCUGUACAACGGGCAGAAUGCCUACAACCCCGCCACCGGUAUCUUCACCAGCCCCAUGUCCGGAGUCUACUACUUUGCCUACCACGUGCAUGUAAAGGGACUCAGUCUGUGGGUGGCGCUGUACAAGAACAAUGUUCCAGCCACAUACACCUACGAUGAGUACAAGAAGGGCUACAUGGACCAGGCGUCCGGUAGCGCCGUGCUUGAGCUGAAGGAGAACGACCAGGUGUGGAUGCAGAUUCCCUCGGAUCAGGCUAACGGGCUCUACUCCACCGAAUACAUCCACUCGUCCUUCUCAGGGUUCCUGCUCUGUCCCACAUAACGCCCUGCUAGUCAACUAUCCCCUAGGGUGCCCCCUGGUGUCCCCAUAUCAUAACACCGGCAGCCAUAACAUAAUAACACCACCUGUUAUUCAACAUCAACAACGACAGAAAAUACUUUGUGAACGGAAGAUGGAAAGAGUUAAAAAGCAGGAGAAGGAUACUUCAUGCUGUGCUCUGUGUUUUUAUCUCUUUCUUUCAAAUGUCUGUUCAUUUUGUUUUGUUUAUGUUUUUUUAGCUUAUAUUAUUAUUAUUAUUGUCAUAAUUGUUAUUAUUAUUAUUUUGUCGUCGUUGUCAGUAUUGUUGUUGUUUAUUAGAUUCAGACUAUUAAGUGCCUUACUUUGUCAUGUCUAAGUAACAGUUAUUAUGCUGUGUUCAUAACCAAGUGGGAAGGUGGUAAAUACCAGUUGGAUGCAAUCACGUGCUUUGAACUCGUUGAGAAACACUGAUUGGUUAAUGGCCAACAAGCUGCGUCAACCAUAAAUUAAAAGUACAGCUAUUAUGCUUGUAAAAAAUUAUAGUGUUUAAAAACCAUAUUAAUAGCUUGCUUUUUAUAAAUAAUGUUUUGUUGUUGCAUUUAACUGCCAAAAAUGCUGUUAUCAUUUCCUUAGUAGUUGACAUCAGAGGUCAGCAUGUGGGAGAAGUCGGAGCUCAGAGAUGAUAGACGAGUUUCCCACUAGUAAUUUCCAGUUGGAGGGGCAUGCAAGUGGAUUUUUCCCAGUCGUAUGUGGUAAAUACCACCUUCCCACUUGGUUAUGAAUGCAGCAUUAGACCUACCCACGUGACUGCACAUCCUACCCAAAUGCUCUGACAUCAGUAGGAUGACAUUGUCAGACCCUGGGGCUCUGAUUGGCUCCCCUGGCUGCAGUCACUUCCUGCACAAAAACCUCCCACUUCCUCCCAUGUGCGUGUCCUUCCUAUUUAAAUCAAUAUUUCACAUAAAGAUUUACCAUUACACAUGCAGUAUGAAGAAUGUAUUCAAUACGUGAAAUAAUAUCCAAUACUUUUCACUUUACUUUUUAUUUUUACCUGUUAUAGGGAUUGAUGGAUCAUUGUUUAUCAGUAUGCUCUGAUGUUUUGACAGUCAACUUCCAGUUGUCUGCUGGAUGCUAAUUUCCUGUUUUCUAUGAGAGGCCGGUGCUGAAAGCAUUGCUGGUCAUACUAGAAGCUGACGGUUUUUGGAUCAUGGCUAUUACUUGAUCAAUAAGAAGUCAUUGCUGUACCCAACUUGUGUAGAUCCACACAAAUCAGGGGACAUAUAGAGAUUGUAAAACCCCCUUAGCUGUAUACAAAAUCUGUAAGUAACCAUGCUUUCACCCUUUUUUCCCCUUCUGUGAAAAAGCAUCAAUAUACAAACCAGUAACCUAAAAAAUGAUACAUACUGUAUAUAGAACACAUUAAAUAGACAAAGAAAUACAUCUAUAAAUAAAUAAAUGUGUAAGUUAAUCAUUAUAUUAAUAAAUACAUAUGCGUCAGCUAAUGGACAGAAAGUGUGGGCCAAAUGCAUUUAGGAUCAAUGCCAUGUUUCCCUGCAUCGAUCCAUUCUGUGGGUAUUCCCCUUUACCACGUGCACUGCAGCUCCCAUGUCACCCUCAUUACGUGCUCUAUGGCACACAUAUACCGAUGACAUCACUGCUUUUUGUGCCCGCUAACGCCAUGGCUGCGGCCGAACAAUCAAUGCACUGGUGCCUUUCACAUUAACAUUUAGAGUGAACAUUCUGAGGGAUAGCUCACAUUAAAAGCCUCAUCCUGUCUACAAACUACAAAUCUGUCAGCAUUUCACAAAUCAACAACUGGCUAGAGGCCAUCCAACCUGUUUCUACAGAAUAACCCUUUCAAGGUUCAGAUCAAACCCAAUGGGUGCAGUUCAGAUGAUCUCCUAAAUUGUACACAACGUAUUUGGUGCUAUAGUUAUUAUCUCAUUGUGUUGAUAAACGUACAGUAACAAUUUAGAAUCCUCCGUAAGCCUCAGUAUAACAUAAAGGCUAUCCAUUCAUUUUCCACCUAAAGAUACAUCCACAACUAAAAUGGUUUAUCCGUUGCUUGGUUUGAUGGAACAUCUGGUGUUGCCACAGGAUAUUCUUAGCGGAAGUCUUCUGACAGAAUAUGAAAGAAGGUUAACAUUCGGAAAUGAGCAUGCAUGAAUCUCCAUAAUAAGUAAAGGGAGAGAGAGAGAGAGAGGCCCUGUGUUUGUGAAAUCGUCAUUGCAUAACAGUUAACAUGAUUCUGUUAUUUCUGGGAGAAACGGUGGGACAAAGGUGAGAAUGGUGUUUGCUGUGUGAGUUCUCCUAGUGCAGUUCAGUGUUUGUGUCUGUAUCUAUUUUUUAUUUUACUCCCAGCCGUUAACACUUCACCUGGGUGACAGAUCAACUGCAGAGACCAUGGACCAUACUUUCUGGGUCAUUUGGGAACAUGCACUUCUAGUCAAUAUUCCACCACAGUUUUGAAUUGAUGAUCUGAUGCUGUUCAAAUAGGAUGUGUGUGUCUUCACGAAGGUUAACUAAAUGUACAUGUAUGGCCCUAUAGCUUGGGCAAUGUCGCAAAGAGAAUAAUUUGGUUUGGUAGUAGUAGUGGGCUACACAUCAUGCAAAGAGGAGAAACGUCAAAUAGAGACGUGGGAAAUGUAUUGAAAGUAAGACGAAAGUAAUGUUGGAAUAAAAACAUAAAAGAACUGAGGGUAGACAUGGGAGAAAUUGGGACGGAAUGAACGGGACAAUCUAUCUUGAAGACCUUCAUUUUCCAGUGACCUUGGGCUCAAGGUUACAUCAUA